GGAGUCCGGCAUGGCCCGGGGCCCAGCUGCGCUACUGCUGUCGCCUCUGAUGUUCCUGCUGCUGGCGACCCCUGUCCAGGUGUCCUCCGACUACCAUUAUUUCGGCGAGAAGGGCGAAGGCGACACCUGGGAGCAGCUGCGGCUGCAGCAACAGGCGAAAGACGUGGAGGACUCCAUCCUUGGCCCCUGGGGAAAGUGGCACUGUCUUUGCGAUCUGGGCAAGCAGAAGCGCAGCCGCGAGGUGCUGGGGACAGCACCGGGCCCGGUGUUCCUGGACCCCAAGAACCUGGUGCAGGUGCUGCCCUGCGGGCACCGGGAUUGUUCAUCCUGCAAGCCAGUCGACUGUGACUGGAGGCCCUGAGUCCAGCCCCGGCGGGCAAGGCUCCGGAGACCUGGGAACCGAGCUUCGAAAGCGACCUCUCGCACCCGGUUUCUCAAACUCAGAGCUCCACGGUCGGCCUCAGAAACUACAAUUCCCAGGAAGACCCACGGCGGUGCCGUCGGCGCCGGCUGCGCAAACGUCAACGGCGGCGGAGCGUUGGGGGCGUGUCCUGCGCCCUGAUUGGUCGCGACCAACAACCACUGAGGGGCCCGCGGAAAACCCGCGCAGAAACCUGCUCUUGCAGACCUCCUUCCUGCAGCUGGUGGUGGCCCCUGAGGCAGCAUGGAUCUCGGAGAGCUGGAGAGAGACAAUACGGGCCGCUGUCGCCUGAACUCGCCUGUACCCGCAGUGUGUCGCAAGGAGCCGUGCGUCCUGGGCGUCGAUGAAGCUGGCCGGGGCCCGGUGCUAGGCCCCAUGGUCUACGCCAUUUGCUAUUGCCCCCUGUCGAGACUGGCAGAUCUGGAGGCCCUGAAAGUGGCAGACUCAAAGACCCUGUCGGAGAGCGAGCGGGACAGGCUCUUUGCGAAAAUGGAGGAAGAUGGGGACUUUGUGGGCUGGGCACUGGACGUGCUGUCUCCAAACCUUAUCUCUACCAGCAUGCUUGGGCGGGUCAAAUACAACCUGAACUCUUUGUCCCAUGAUACAGCCACUGGGCUGGUGCAGUAUGCGUUGGACCAGGGUGUGAAAGUUGCUCAGGUAUUUGUGGAUACUGUGGGACUACCAGAAACAUACCAGGAGCGGCUGCAGCAGCGCUUUCCUGGCAUUGAGGUGACUGUCAAGGCCAAGGCAGAUGCCCUCUACCCUGUCGUCAGCGCCGCCAGCAUCUGUGCCAAGGUGGCCCGAGACCAGGCCGUGAAGAACUGGCAGUUUGUGGAAAAACUACAGAACCUGGAUACCGAUUAUGGCUCAGGCUACCCCAAUGAUCCCAAGACGAAAGCAUGGUUGAGGAAGCACGUGGAGCCCGUGUUUGGCUUUCCCCAGUUUGUCCGGUUCAGUUGGCGCACAGCCCAAAACAUCCUGGAGAAGGAGGCAGAAGGCAUUGUGUGGGAGGACUUGCCAACGGGGGAUCAGGAGGGACUAGGGAGGAUCACAUCCUAUUUCAACGAAAGCCCCCGAAACCUCCCCCAUCUUCCCCACCGAUACUUCCAGGAGCGCGGCCUAGAGUCAGCCACCACUCUCUAGGACCCAGCCUACACCCAAUUUACCCUGAGUUUGUGAUUAAAAUUGCUUAAGGAAAGCCAAGCAUGGGGGUUGUACUUUGGGGUGGAGGUGGAUAGGGGUGUGUUCUGUGGCUGGACCCAGCUACUAACUUUUGCAAACUAAACAAGGUGGUAGGCACUGGUUGAUUUAUUUUA